AUGCUUCAACUUUCAAAGUAUCAGGAUCAGACCGGGCAAGAUCAAUGGGACGAAUUCCGGAAUAUCGCCCUAUAUCGUCUCAAUGAAGUUUCCCCUUGCCCUGGGAAAACGCCUGUCAAGAGCUCCGGCAAAAACUGGUGGGUUCCGAAGGAUCCUAUUCCAGGACUCACUGUUUGCGAUGCUUGCUAUUGCGAUGAUAUUGUGCCACACUUUAAAGACCAAUUUAUUCAAGCCGUUAUACCUGCAGCUCAAUCCUCGCAGCUCCUCACCUGUGCAAUGUCAAACUUCAAUAUCAAAGGGCCUUGGGCUCUUGCCGUCGAAAGGGGGCAAUAUGCGGUUUGGUGGGAAGCGGCCCGCGCUGUCUUCGACCUUCCGCCUUGCACGGCUAAAGGAUUCCCAGAUCAUGCUGUAGGGGGAGAGUGGUAUACGCUUCAGCAUCAUGACCCCUGCCUCGAAAACUUCAAGUGCUGCCGAACCUGCUAUUUCACCUUAAUCAGACCGCUCAACCUAGCCCAAUACUUCCAACACGUGAUAUAUGUGAAUAACUCAGACCCUUCCAGUCCCAGCUACAACUCUUCGGUCGUGCGGGUCUGCAGCUUAACCCCAGAGAGCCCACGAUUCCUCCCAUUACUAGAAAAGCUUGGGGAGGCUGCGAACUGGAAAGACUUCGGUCUCUUUCUUUCUUACAUUAUCCCCCGCGCUGCGAUCCCACCCUGUCAGCCAGGAAAGUUCCUGGCGCGAGCCAAGUGGUACGGAACGGACGAUUUCGUGGUUUGCGAGGAAUGUUGGUUUGAACACGUUCGGGAAAGUCCAUUGGCCCAUUUUAUGACAGUCCAUGCCCGUUUUUCCCCGGAGCCUCAAGCUUGCGAUCUUUACUCUCCGAGGAUGAAGAAGAUAUGGGAGGAGGCUUGUCAUAUGCGAGAUUUGCAUCACUUUGUGAAUGCAGCUGUUGAGAGAGGAAAGAUCUACUGUGAUAUCCUGGAAAGGUCCAAGGAGAUCAAUGACCUUAUUGCGGCGAGGAAGAGAGUGGGCGGUCCUCGUUAUCCUAACGCUAUGGUACGAGUGGGCGAGGAUGGGCAAUCAUACGGAGGUUCAUCUAGGCAUGAUAAUAAUGGAGUGGAUGCUGUUACAGCCGACCUCUAUAAAAGACUCGAUUCGUUGCAAAAAGAGUGGAAAUCUGUGGAGUAG